AUGACACUUCAGCAGCCGCGUCUGUCGAUCAGUAAUUGCGUGCUCCCUACAGCGGUGGACUGGGCAGUUAUGCGUGCCCUGCGUGACUGGCACAACAAUGCGAGGGUGGGUGAUGCUUCUACUGCGCCCUCAGCGAGGCCCAUCACAGAAGAGCCGUCACCAUUUUGGAUCACAGCCAAGGCGGUACGUUUCUUGGCUAACGCUCUGCCCAUGGAGAGGCAGUCGCUACGGACGCCCACCCACGUCCCUAUGAAUGGCAUGCAAACCACACAGAGGAAUGGAGCAUCACAGAUGGGAGGGAAUUAUUUCACAAAUCGAAACCGAAUUGUAAACGCCUUUGGUAUUUCGUUUGUCAAUGCAGCUGACACACCUAUAUGCUCUGUAGUAGACUCCUGCACGUGCGCCUCUUGUGGGUUCCCCGUGAGUGAGUCUGGAGACAUUAUAUGGGAGUUGCUGGGAAAGGUGAAAGGCAUGAGCCGUCUGCGCUUCGCAUUACCUACAGCGCCUGAGGGUGAUAAGCAUGGCGCUGAUUCAAUGCGUUUCCCCUCGCUCUUCCAAUCACCGUACUGGCUAGCGGGUGAAGGCCUAGAGCGGCGAUGGAAAGGGGUCACCAUCGCGCCGAACGUCACCCCAGUGUACGUGGAGCACAGCUCGCAUUGGUUUGUCAAUGCAGAGCAAACGAGUGACGCCUCACGCUUUGAUUGUCUGUCAUGCACACCGCAUCGGCGGCACCAGUGCCUCACCAAGGAUGGGGUGUGCUUUGUCUCCUUGAAUUUAUCCGCAAAGCUUGCCGAAGCGUUUUUGGAGAUGACUAAAGGCCCAGGGACGACGCAGUUGGCGCCUGGCGAUUUCUGCAAACCCGCUCAAGCGCGGCGCAACUCCCACGAACAUUCUUGCUUUUACGCCGAAGAAGCACAACCGCAACAGACGACUGAGGACCCCAGCAAUCUUUGGCUGGAUGUGGGGCUUCUCGAGAGCGCUGGAUGGUCCCUGCAGGAGGCGGCUGUCGGGGUGGAACUGCAGCCACGUCAACUGACGAUGGCGACACGGAGCUUUGUAAGCGACACCAACUCCGCCAAUGUGGGGGCAAAACCAAUCGUCGUGGUGAACGCGGGGUUUGUUCGAGAACGGGAUUCGCUGUUGGAUGUUAUUGCAUACAAGCCUCAGUACAUUGGCCUCGAACAGAACACGUUUUUUGCCCCAAGUACAACGGUGCGGCUGGCCCUGCUGGCCCACACGAUGCGGUACACCUCGCCGACAUGGAUCGCGGCUGCAUUUGCAGAGAGGGUCGGCCUUCGUGGGAGAAAAGGCCACGCAGCCACCGGCGUGGAGGUAGAACUCCAUUGCAACUCUCAGACAGCGACGACAAAAAUUGUUCUGAUCAACUCAGACGAGCUUGAACUCACGCAGGAGCGCAUCGCAGAUCUGCGCGGCCGAAAAGCGUAG